UCACUUUGUACCUCUCUCGCCCCGACUGCGAAGCGGGCCGGGACCGACCGGGCCAGACCAGACCGGACCCCGGGGGCGAUGCGGCUGCUGCCCCUGCUGCGGACUGUCCUCUGGGCCGCAUUCCUCGGCUCCCCUCUGCGCGGGGGCUCCGGCGUUCGCCACGUUGUCUACUGGAACUCCAGUAACCCCAGGCUGCUUCGAGGAGAUGCUGUGGUGGAGCUGGGCCUCAACGAUUACCUAGACAUUUUCUGCCCCCACUAUGAAGGCCCAGGCCCCCCCGAGGGGCCCGAGACAUUUACAUUAUACAUGGUGGACUGGCCAGGCUACGAGGCCUGCCAGGCGAAGGGGCCGGGUGCCUUCAAGCGCUGGGUGUGCUCCCUCCCCUUCGCCCAUGUUCAGUUCUCAGAGAAGAUUCAGCGCUUCACACCCUUCUCCCUUGGCUUCGAGUUCUUGCCUGGAGAGACUUACUACUACAUCUCGGUGCCAACUCCAGAGAGUCCUGGGCAGUGCUUGAGGCUCCAGGUGUCUGUCUGCUGCAAGGAGAGCAAGUCCGAGUCAGCCCAUCCUGUUGGGAACCCUGGAGAGAGUGGCACAUCAGGGUGGCGAGGGGGGGACACUCCCAGCCCCCUCUGUCUCUUGCUGUUGCUGCUGCUCCUGAUUCUUCGUCUCCUGAGAAUCCUGUGAGCCAAGCGGACCCUCCCUGCCACCCCAAGAAGCCAGAGCCCUCCCAAGAUCUCCCAGAGGAGGAGGGAUCCCUGCCACCUGCGCUGGGGGUGCCAAUCCAGAUAAGAUGGAGCAUCGGUGGGGGAGGUCAGAGGGUCUGAGGUGACCCUUGCAAGUGCUUGCCCCCUCAUCACAGGCUAAAGAGGAGCUGCAGACAGCCCUGGACACCCUGGAGCAGAGAAAAGACAAACAUGGGGGCUUUGUAGGCUGUUUGGAUGGUCUCGUCCCAUCCCAGGAAGACUGGGAUUUGGUGGGAUCAAAUCCUUGAGCCAACUGGGGGCCAAGGCUGAAGACCUGGGGACAGGUGGAUUGCUGGACCAAGACAAAGAAGAAGCCCUACCAUCUGUGCCCUGUGGACCUCUUCCCUGGGGCAGCACCUUGCCCUCCCAGGGGGUCACUCACUUGUCUUCUGUGAAGACGGACUUGUCAUGAGGUUGAAUUUCAUGCCAAUUUGUAUUUUUAUAAGUGUCUAUACCAAACCUUCAAUAAACCACCCAUCUUCUUGUUGCCCUUCCCAAA